UAAAAAAGAGCCAUCAACUCAAAAUCUCAAAUGUCUCUUUUCUAGACGAAAAAUCUCUCCACACACCCCAAGAUUAUUACACACACCUCCACAACACUCUACAUUGAACUCCCUCACUCUCACAACUCUGCUAAAAAAUGGAGCUUUCUCACUACACUCCAUUUUCUCUCUCCUCCACUCCCAAAUUCUACAAUCCCCACAAACUUCGUCCCUCAAAUUUCACCCACAUUUCCUCUCAUUUGACUUCAAUCUCAACUGGGUCUCUUUCAAAUUCAAGAACUAAUCGAUUAAUGGUGACUGCAAGAGAAACAAGUACUGAAAUUGACACUGUUGUGAUCUCUAAAUCCCCUGAAACGUCGCUUCUUGAGAUCUCUGAGGGUUAUCCGGCACCGUUUGGAGCCAUUGUUCGUGAUGGUGGAGUUAAUUUUGCUAUAUUUUCUGGGCAUUCUGUUUCUGCUACUCUUUGUUUGAUCACUCUUUCUGACUUGCAGAAGAACAUAAUAACUGAGCAAAUCUCUCUUGAUCCAUUGAUCAAUAAGACAGGAGAUGUAUGGCAUGUGUUUCUGAAGGGGAACUUUAAUAAUAUGCUGUAUGGUUACAAAUUUGAUGGGCCAUUCUUACCAGAAGAAGGACAUUACUAUGAUUCUUCUCGCAUAAUAUUGGACCCUUACGCAAAGGCAGUUAUCAGCAGGGGGGACUAUGGUGAGUUAGGACCUGAAGAUAAUUGUUGGCCUUUAAUGGCUGGCAUGAUUCCAUCUGCUAAUGAUGAGUUUGAUUGGCAAGGAGAUCUACCUCUGAAGCACCCACAAAGAGAACUGAUUAUAUAUGAAAUGCAUGUGCGUGGAUUUACGAAGCAUGAAUCAAGCAGGACUAAUUGCCCGGGUACUUAUGCUGGCAUGAUAGAGAAACUUGACCACUUAAAGGAACUUGGGAUUAAUUGCAUAGAGUUAAUGCCAUGUCACGAGUUUAAUGAGCUAGAGUAUUACAGCUACAACUCUGCUAUGGGUGAUUACAAGAUGAACUUUUGGGGUUAUUCUACUAUCAAUUACUUUUCACCCAUGACAAGAUAUUCGUCUUCUGGAAUACGCAAUUGUGGCCGUGAAGCCAUAAAUGAAUUCAAACUUCUUGUUAGAGAAGCGCAUAAAAGGGGUAUUGAGGUAAUCAUGGAUGUAGUCUUUAAUCACACAGCUGAAGGAAAUCAAAAAGGUCCAACUUUGUCUUUCAGAGGCAUUGAUAACUCCGUUUUCUAUAUGCUUGCACCCAAGGGUGAAUUUUACAAUUAUUCAGGCUGUGGUAAUACUUUCAAUUGCAACCAUCCUGUUGUACGCCAGUUCAUUGUGGACUGCUUAAGAUACUGGGUCACAGAAAUGCAUGUGGAUGGCUUUCGCUUUGAUUUGGCUUCUAUAAUGACUAGGGGCAGCAGUCUCUGGGAUGCUGUUAAUGUUUACGGGAAUGCAACAGAAGGUGACUUGCUUACAACUGGAACUCCUUUGAGCAGCCCUCCACUGCUUGAUAUGAUUAGUAAUGACCCUGUACUGUGUAGAGUAAAGCUCAUUGCAGAAGCAUGGGACUGUGGAGGGCUUUAUCAAGUUGGCGGUUUUCCUCACUGGGGCAUUUGGUCGGAAUGGAAUGGAAAAUAUCGUGAUAUGGUCCGGCUAUUUAUCAAAGGAACGGAUGGAUUUGCUGGCGCUUUUGCUGAAUGCCUUUGUGGUAGCCCUAAUCUGUACAAGGAGGGUGGAAGGAGACCAUGGCAUAGUAUCAACUUUGUCUGCGCACAUGAUGGUUUUACCUUGGCUGACUUAGUAACAUACAAUGAAAAGCAUAAUUUGGCUAAUGGGGAAAACAAUAUGGAUGGGGAGAAUCACAACAACAGCUGGAAUUGUGGGCAGGAGGGUGAAUUCGCCAGCAUUUCUGUGAAGCAAUUGAGGAGGCGACAGAUGCGAAAUUUCUUCCUUUGCCUCAUGGUUUCCCAGGGUGUUCCAAUGAUCUACAUGGGUGAUGAAUACGGUCACACUAAAGGAGGAAACAACAACUCAUAUUGCCAUGAUAACUAUAUUAACUAUUUUAGGUGGGAUAAGAAGGAGGAGGCUACUUCUGAUUUCUUCAGAUUUUGCCGUCUGAUGACCAAGUUCCGAAGUGAAUGCGAGUCACUUGGUUUAAAUGAAUUUCCAACAUCUGAGAGACUGCAAUGGCAUGGCCACAUCCCUGGGCUUCCAGAUUGGUCCGAGACAAGCCGUUUUGUGGCGUUUACUUUGAGAGACUUGGUAAUGGGAGAAAUAUAUGUUGCUUUCAACACCAGCCAUUUGCCAGUCACUGUAACUUUGCCUGAUCGUCCUGGAUACCGAUGGGAGCCUCUGGUAGACACCAGCAAGCCUACACCGUUCGACUUUCUGUCUGAUGAUGUUACGGAGAGAGAGACAGCAAUUGUGCAGUUCCAGCAUUUCCUCGAUGCCAAUAUGUACCCAAUGCUAAGUUAUUCUUCCGUUAUACUGUUGCUGAAGCCUGAUAUCGACCAAAAUGCAUAGAGCAUACACUGUUACCAUACAUAAAAUGUACAGUCUUCGGUAUGUAUUAUAAUAGGUUAGAUCUUGUAGAUUUCUAUAUCUAGAGAAGCAAAUAAUGCUUAGAGGCUGCAAUACAAGUAAUGUAAAGGGGAUGAGUUUAAUGGAUAUUUGUUACUAUUCUAGUUAUUAGAUAUGAUCUCCUGUGUACUUCAAGAACAUCAUGACCUUAUCCCUUCUAUUAACAGAUAAAUCAUAGAUUAUGAGUUUGUUCAUUUU